CCUGCCAGGUUCAUCAGGCAGGUUCACCGAGAAGGUCCACGUCCCGUGACUGUUCCCCAUCCGAUCACCCACCACUCUGCUCCGCUACCAUUUACCUACCUACUUCCGGAAGGAGGUACACCUCAGCAGAAAUCCUCUCGCAACUGGCUUCACAUUGCAAACCAAGCCUUUACCUGCCCGCCUUUCUGUCUUCAACUUCAUGUGUGACGCCGAGCAGAAUAUUCUCUUGGUAAAAGUGUCUUUCGGAUAUCCUAGAAGUCACCCUAGUCCCGACCGGAGCCCGUCAUCGGACAAUUCUUCUACUGGACACGAACCAGAGGUUCAGUCCUCGCAUCGCGAUGAUAUCUCCUCCGCCAGGGGAUGACAUUGGUCGCGCGGGGCCGACCCAUCCUCUAGCACCGGCGCUCUUGAGCCUCCGUUAUGCUUACCCUGCCCUUGUUUUCUCUUACUACAUAAUCUCAUCCACCAUCGCCGUGUGCACCCUCAGGACAAAGUCGUUGAGGAAUCAGAAUCUCCAACGACCCGGCAUCCAAUCGAUACUGCUCUUCAGCGUUCUGACCUACCUCGUCCAACUGUCAUCCUUGUUGAUCCAGUCACUGAUAGCAAGAGAAUUUCUUUUCCGCCAGGAUGCCAUCAUAGGCCUGCUCUCCUGCAUUCUUGUGUUUGGACUGGAGCUCGCGGGCCUCUCUGACUCGGAGAAUCCAGUCUGGUACCCCUACAUCGGAUCCUACCUGAUCGCUUUGGUUUUUGAGCCUAUCAUUGAGGUCUUUUCGAUCCUUGGGCAGCCGCACAGCGUGCUCUCAUACGUCCAAUUUCUCGACAUUGCCACCGCUUCCGUCCGCUACGCCUCAUUUCUCCUCGUGCUACUUCUCUUUUUCGGCUUGCCUUGCAAACAGGCGCAGGAAGUGGGGAAGGAUGCCGAACAACAACCUCUCAUUCAGAAGGAUGCCGAACCAGGAGCUGAUGCCGAAACGGAGACAGCGGGCAGACAGGCAAACGGAUACGGAUCUGUCACGAAUACCUCCAAGGAUACCACACAGUCCGAGACAACGGAUACCACGGAGACCACAGGAGCCACGGAGACGACGGGGACCUCGGGGACCACGGGAACCGCCGAGUCGCAUUGGGAAAGGCGAGAGCGUCGAGCAAGCGAACAGAUGGAAAAGCGCUUGAAAGAGAAGGGCAACUGGAUUGCCUACGCGAAGAGUUUUCUCAUCUUCCUCCCUUACAUUUGGCCCGUCAACAACAAGGAGCUUCAGAUUCGGGCAGGCUUGGUCGGUGUCUGCCUGCUAACCAUGAAUUUUGUCAAUGUUCUGAUCCCACGGCAACUGGGUAUCGUCAUGGAUUCUCUGAACAAAGUCAACAGCAAGAACCCUUGGAUGGAGGUCCUGAUCUUCGCUGCUCUGAAGCUCGUGGCUUCCGACGCGGGAAUAUCCCUCCUGCGCCAAUGGCUCUGGAUACCGGUCGAGUUCUAUUCUUUCGACGCCAUGAGCACAGCGGCUUACUCCCACGUGCUCAACCUGUCGUCCGACUUCCACGAUACGAAGAGCACUUCGGAUACCAUGAUGGCGAUCCAGUCUGGCCAGAACGUGUCGAAUAUGCUCGAGUCAGUCUGCUUCCGGGCUAUCCCCAUGCUCAUUGAUAUGGGCGUCGCUUUUGUCUACCUGUCCGUCACUUUCGGCCCCUACGAAGGCCUGAUUACUAUUGCUACAGCCACCGUUUUCCUCUACAUCGCCACCAAGAUGAUCUCGGGCCUCAAGGCUGCUCGCCGGAGUGAGGUGGGCGCAUGGUUCGAGGAACACUACGUUCGCCAAGCAGGUAUCCAGGGCUGGACAACGGUUGCUUGCUUCAACCAGAUCGGCCACGAAGAGAGGCGAUACUCCGCGGCUGUUAAAGACCGUGUGGCCAAGUCGCAAACGGUAUACACCAGAUACAUCGUUUCGUACGCCUUCCAAUAUCUGGUCUUGUUAUCCGGCUUGCUGGCCGGUUUGUUUCUUGCCGUUUUCCAAGUAACCGGCGGUCAAGCAACCCCUGGCCAGUUCAUCAUGCUCUUAACUUACUGGUCUCAAUUGGUCUCUCCUCUCAGCUUCUUUGCGGGCCUCGGGAAGAGCAUUUCAAAAGACCUGAUACACGCCGAGCAACUUCUGGAGAUCAUGCAGACGAAGCCAAGCGUAGUCAACAAAGACGGAGCGGCACCCUUACAGCUGAAGGGCGGCAACGUUCGCUUCAGUCAUGUGCACUUUUCCUAUGACAAAAAGAAGGAGAUUCUCAAAGAUAUCGAUUUCGCCGUGGCGCCGGGGACGACCGUCGCAAUUGUAGGGACCACGGGAGCCGGGAAGUCGACCAUCCUCAAGUUACUCGAUCGAUUCUACGAUGUUACGGGAGGCUCCAUUGAGAUUGACGGCCAGGACAUCCGUGAUGUCGAUCUUUACAGUCUCCGUGCACAAGUCGGAGUGGUUCCACAGGCUCCAAUUCUGUUUGACGACACAAUCAUGAAUAACGUCCGGUAUGCCAAGCUAACGGCGACGGACGAAGAAGUCUUCGAGGCCUGCAGGGCGGCUAGCAUCCACGAUCAAAUCUCGGGGUUCACUGACGGCUACAAUACUCGAGUCGGUGAACGCGGGAUCAAGCUCUCUGGCGGAGAGUUGCAGCGAGUUGCCAUCGCGCGGGCUAUCCUCAAGCAUCCCGCUAUUGUUCUCCUGGAUGAAGCAACCAGUGCUGUAGACACCGAGACGGAGCAGAGGAUCCAGGAGGCACUCCGUACCCUUUGUGAUGGCCGUACGACAUUCAUCGUUGCGCACCGCUUGUCCACCAUCAUGAACGCCGAUAGAAUCAUCGUCGUCGCGGACGGCGAGGUCAUCGAACAGGGAGACCACGAGGAGCUAAUACGCGCGGGCGGCAAAUACGCCGAGCUCUGGUCCCAGCAGGUGUUUAUCAGGCCGAAAGUGAAGGGCACAGCCAAGGACAAAUUGAAUGACGCUGGCAACGAGACGCCGAGCAUCGUAAACGAUUUGACCAUCGAGAUGACCAACUCGGAACUUGAAAAGGUCAAGAGUGGACCGACAUCACAUAAUGCCUCCCCUGACGAUUUUAAAUCCUACGAUUCUGGAGAGGGCAGCGAGGAAGGGGGCGGUGAGGAAGAUGAGGGGCCUUUGGCUGCAGCCAUGGUUGCCAUGACGCCGGCAAAAGCCUCUGCGGGCCACAAGAAAGAGGUAUAGAUCUGCCGAAGAAAUAAUAUUCUUUCUUUGGCUGUAUCUAACACCAUCUGACUUGUAGGGCUCAAGGCUGAAUCCGGAUGCUCCGGCUUUC